AUGUGGGCUGUCAAGUCUCUAGAGGGGGAGCGUCCGCAGCUGGGGACCAACCUGUUCACCGAUGUCAGGGCUGCCAAGGCCAAACUACUCUCGGCCAAUAGUAGCGCCGCGCAACUUCGGUCCUUUGCCGACCCUCGUGCUGCCGCGGCCUGGCUCCUGGGCACAAGCCCUCUGAGUCUACAACAGAAGCAGAAGCAAAAGGAGGCCCAUGAUGUGAUUGACAUCUGGCGCAGCCCCUUGUUCGAGGCCGGACCGGACAAGGGUGACCCUCUGGCCGUUAUUGUCGAGGGAUCGGUGUCGUACGUGGGUGGCUACGAAGCCUGGUUUGAGGGCGAGAAGACCAUGGCGAGCACGCUGAAGCUCCCGCGACCGACUGCCGAUCGCGCGGCGCUCUACGGAUGUUACGAAGCUCUGCGCAAGUGCGUCAUCGACCACAAGACCGGCUCGCCCGGCGGACGACAGGUCAUGCUCUGUACCGACAGCCCGGUGGUCUACGCAGCCGUCACGGGCAAGCCUAUGUCCGAGCGGGGCGAGAUGCCGUCCAACUGUACUGUGCUGGCGCGGCGCCUUCGCGAGCUGUGCGAGGAGCUUCCCGUCACGCUCCUACUGGCAACAUCCUUUGCC